AUGGCGUUCACUAUGAUAUCUGACCUUACCCCUCUUAAAGAAUCAUGGAGAAUAAAAGCUCGUAUUGUGAGGCUAUGGUACCAACCUGACUAUUCCAAUAUAAAAAAAAUUAACUCACUUGAGUUAAUUUUAGUUGAUGAGAAGGGAUCUAAUUUACAAGCAACUAUCGAAGAAUCACUCAUUCGACGAUUUGAAGGUCUUGUGAAAAAGGGCACUUCCCGUAUUAUCUCUAGCUUCGGAAUGAUUACUAAUGCUGGCAAACAUUUGGCCCAUGCCUAUAAAGUGAACUUCUAUUAUAGGACUAUUGUUAGGGAUUGUGAAGAUGCACAACUUCCUCAAUACAGAUUUGAUUUUGUGUCAUUCGACAAAAUCCUUAAACAACAUAUCAAUGAGGUGAUUUUAGUAGAUGUUAUUGGAGAGCUUACCGGCAUGGAUGAUCUUAUCAAUAUUUCAAAAACUGAUACCCCAAAUAACAAAUUGACAAUUGAGCUAGAAGACCUGCACAAAAACAAGUUGACUGGUACAUUGUAUGGAAAAUAUGCUGAACAACCUUCGGACUCACCUACUAAAGAUGACAUCCAAGGACCCAUAGUUGUAGUACUACAAUUUGCUAGAUUAAGAGUUUUAGAGAUGAAGUUUCUAUAUCAAAUUCAUUAUGGGCGACAACAUUAUUCAUCAAUAAUGUGGAUAUACCUGAGGUGCAAGAACAAAGUGUUCAAGGUGAAAAAAAUUCACAAUCUCAUGUAA